AUGGUACGUAUUGCACAUCUUGUUCCAUUGAUAAUGGUGCUGGUUCAGCUUAUAUUUGCAGGAAUGAAUGUAAUGUAUAAACUGGCUGCUAAUGACGGGAUGAGUUUGCGGCUUAUUGUGGUCUAUAGAUUCAUGUUCGCAUCUGCUAUAAUGGUUCCCCUUGCUUUAAUCUUCGAAAGGAAGAGCUUGGAGAAAAUCAAUCGAAAGAUAGCGCUUCAAGGAUUUCUUUGUGGAUUAUUCGGUGGUGCACUAGCUCAAAACUUUUACCUGCAGAGCUUGGUGUAUACAUCUGCAACUUUUGUUGCGGCCAUGAUCAACCUUGCACCAGCCUGUGUUUUCAUUUUGGCCAUUUGUUUCAAGAUGGAGAAACUGGCAAUAAGAACAAGAGCAGGGCAGGCAAAAGUGUGUGGGACAUUAAUAGGAAUAUCUGGAGCAAUGUUGUUCACAUUUUACAAAGGCGUAGAGAUACACAUCUGGAAGACACAUUUAAACCUUCUGAAGCAUCCCCAAUCGGCGAAAAGUUCGGCAUCAUCCGACAUCAGCAAGUUUGUUCUCGGCGCAUUUUUCGGUCUUUUGAGUACCAUUUCAUACUCUUUGUGGCUGAUCACACAGGCAAAAAUGACUGUAAGAUUCCCUUACCUUUAUUCAAGCACUGCUUUGAUGUGUGUAACGGGAGGGCUGCAAGGAGCUUUGAUUGCACUUUGCACUGUGAGAGAUUGGAGCCAAUGGAAGCUUGGCUGGAAUGUUAGGCUAUUAGCAGUUGCUUAUGUGGGAAUCAUGGGAUCUGCUUUGUUGGUGUUCCUGGUUUCAUGGGCGGUUCGUAUGAUGGGUCCUCUGUAUGCAUCUAUUUUCAAUCCCUUGGGGCUUGUCUUUGUUGCCAUUCUUGGAUCUUUGUUGCUCGAUGAAAAGCUCUACGUAGGAAGUAUCGUAGGAGGAUUGAUGAUCGUGUGUGGAGUAUACGUGGUGCUAUGGGGAAAAGCCAAAGAGGCGAAGCAGAAAACUCAGUUAGUACCACUGCCGACAGCUGAUAUAGAUCCAUAUGAAAAACCAGAAAAAGAUAAACAAAGUGAGAUCAAGGAAACAGAUGAAGAAGACACAGAUGAAGAAGAAAUAGAAACCCCCCAUGCAGUAGUUCUAGCUUGAGAUGCCGUUUCCAGAGCUUCAAAUUUUGGCCCAU